CCAGAGAGCGAGUCCGGCCGGGGGCGGCGAGGCGGCCGCCGCUCUCCCGGAGCCGGGCAGCCUGGGCGUCCGCGGCGGGGAGGGAACGCCGGCGGCUCGCCUGGGCUUUGGGAGCCGGGGACAGGGUGGGUGCUCCCGGCCGGAGGCGCUCAAGUCUUGGUCCGCCGGGGUGCGGGGGGCGGCGUCGAGGGCGGUCCCGCUGCCUCCUGGUCAGGGUCACCCUGGGCCGCGCGCACCUCCGCGGGAAGGCAGCCGUCUCCGGCAGUCCUUCCCGCCUCGGUCCUCUGGGGGUCGUCCGGGGCAGGAGGCUGGCGCUCUUGGGCCUGGGCUGGUUCCCAGUAGUAGUCGCCUCGCAGUCUUUGCUACUUCUUGCAUGUGGCCUGGUUAUUAACUCUUUCCCUUCUACGGUAGGCCCUUGAGUUUUAAGUUUCUCUGUCCAAGUAUCUAAGCUCCUACCUGUUCUCGGUCAGCUCAGCAGGGUAACCUUCUCCUCUCCGGGGGGCCCCCAUCUCUCCCUAAAAACACUUAGAGAUAGGGGAUGGCUAACUCACUUCUCGGCUGCAUUAGCAGUUGGUCAGCUGUCCAUUGCUUCACCUGCUUCACACCCCAGCUACCUCUUGGUGAGCUUUGUCCUCUUUGUCCCUGUGCACAAAGUACCUAUGCACACUGUCACCCCGAGGGUAGAUUAUUCCAGGGAUUCCGUUAGAUGUCAGCGCCCUCCUGCAGCCCUGUUCUCUCUCCUGGGGAUCACCCCCGGGAUUUUGAGUGACAGAUAUGACUCCUUCCCCUGGGGGCUCACUCUGACGAACUUAUGUCACUUUUCUGACAUCGAUCUGCAAACUGAUCUUAAAAGACACUGAACAAGAUAGGCUGGCUUUCUGGGAGCAUGAGGUGUCCAGCUCACUCAGUCCUCCAGCAGAGUUUUUACUGGGUACUUGUCCUAGGUGUGUGAUGAAGCAUCAACAAAAAGAAUAAGGCAGAAGGAUGGGUCCCCAGGUGUGUGUCUGGGUGGCUUUGGGGACAUCCGUACCUAGAGCUCAGAGACGCAGCCUCUCAGACCUCCUCACUGGGUCUGACUUUUGCAGCCGAGGGAACUGGGCUUCCCUGCACUUUUCUGGCUCAUUCUCGGGCUUCCGAGCUCUCCUCCUCUCCUGCCAGGAGACCACAAGUAGGAGUCUCAUGUGACUGUCAAGGUCAACCCAUGCCACAGGGCAAGCCAAACACAGAACGCGGAAUUUGUGGUCUUAGCCCUGUUACUUCCCGCCUUGGGGCCUUGGAGACAUUUCCCCCAGUGUCUACUUACUAAUCUGUAAAAUGGACAAAUGACUCUUAAGUCUCUCAAGGCAGUGAAAGGAAGAAGACACCUGGUAGUCACCUAUGCUCUCUACACACUUGCUUCCCUCCCCUCCUUGCUUGUCCUUUCUCCUUCAUUUUGUUUGAGACAAGGUCUCGGGUAGCUGGGACUGACCUUGACCUUGACCUUCUGAUCCUCUGGUUUCCAUCUCCCAAGUAUGCCACCGAGUCAGGCUCCCCUUUUCCUUGCCUUCGUCUCCUGUAGGAGCCCCUGACUUCAGACUCCCCUUCCCACCCAUAGGCUAUCCUCUGUGCUUGGAGAAUGGCAAACUGCCCCCACUCUUUGUGAGUAGUUGUCCCUUCAGGGAAACUUUUUUUUUUAACCCCUUAAAAAGAGUCAGUCUCAGUUCUCUCUGGGGCUCAUAAGGGAAAAGUUUAUUGCUCUCAAUUAGCAGUCCCAUAAAGGAAGAAAAUUGGAGUCUUAAUGAGCUUCCUCUGAUUUGCAAAAUAACACGUUUCCAGGCCUCUGGGCAUCAGAUGUGUGGGGUGAAAGCCUGCCUCCCAUCUGAAUGUUGGAUAGCGCUCCAGCCUUCAGUGCAGGUACAGAGGGUUAUGACGAUGGGGUUUCCAUUGCCUCUCCAUUCACCGACUUGCUUCAUUGCAAUCUGGAAGAUUUGCAGUAUUUGGAACCAGGCCUUUGAGACUAAGGGGCUCAGUGAGAAAUGGUGUCGGAGAAGUGAGUGGCGGCAGGUCCCCGAGAGUCACACAAGUGGGAGCACAAAGAAAAGCACUAAACCUGGUCCCAUUGUGUACCCAUCUCUCCCCACCAGAGACCCUGGAACCUUCACAGUCUGCAGCCGUGGGAUGGAGCCUGAGACGGUGCUGUGGGGCCCGGAUCUGCAGGGUCCUGAAGAGAGCCAGAAUGAGGCUCAUAGAGGUGCUGGAAGUGGGAACGAAGAGGAGAGCCCUCAGCAGGAAAGUUCUGGGGAGGAGAUCAUCCUGGGAGAUCCGGCUCAGAGUCCAGAAUCCAAGGACCCAUCAGAGAUGCCCCUGGAGAGCCCCUCCCAGGAUGCCUCAGCCCCUCAGGAUUCCCCAACCCCCCUGGGUUCUUCCCCCUUAGAUCACCAGACCCCUAUGGACCCAUCAGCCCCCGAGGUAGUCCCUUCCCCGUCAGAGUGGACCAAGGCCUGUGAGACCAAUUGGCAGUGGGGAACCCUCACCCCCUGGAACAGCACACCUGUAGUCACUGCCAGUGAACCCAGCCUGCGGGAGCUGGUGCAGGGACGCCCAUCUGGGGCCGAGAAGCCAUACAUCUGCAACGAGUGUGGCAAGAGCUUUAGCCAGUGGUCCAAACUGCUGCGGCACCAGCGAAUCCACACGGGGGAGCGGCCCAACACGUGCUCAGAGUGCGGCAAGAGCUUCACGCAGAGCUCGCACCUGGUGCAGCACCAGCGCACACACACAGGCGAGAAGCCUUACAAGUGCCCCGACUGUGGCAAGUGCUUCAGCUGGAGCUCCAAUCUAGUGCAGCACCAGCGCACGCACACGGGCGAGAAGCCCUACAAGUGCACGGAGUGCGAGAAAGCCUUCACACAAAGCACCAACCUCAUCAAGCACCAGCGCUCCCACACCGGGGAGAAGCCCUACAAGUGUGGCGAGUGCCGACGUGCUUUCUACCGCAGCUCGGACCUCAUCCAGCACCAGGCCACGCACACAGGUGAGAAGCCCUACAAGUGCCCGGAGUGCGGCAAGCGCUUUGGCCAGAAUCAUAACCUGCUCAAGCACCAGAAGAUCCAUGCAGGCGAGAAGCCCUAUCGCUGCACCGAGUGCGGCAAGAGUUUCAUCCAGAGCUCGGAGCUGACGCAGCACCAGCGCACACACACCGGGGAGAAGCCCUACGAGUGCCUGGAGUGUGGCAAGAGUUUCGGCCACAGCUCCACGCUCAUCAAGCACCAGAGGACACAUUUGCGCGAGGAUCCCUUCAAGUGCCCCGUCUGUGGCAAGACCUUCACACUGAGUGCCACCCUGCUGCGCCAUCAGCGCACGCACACGGGCGAGAGGCCCUACAAGUGCCCCGAGUGCGGGAAGAGCUUCAGUGUGAGCUCUAACCUCAUCAACCACCAGCGUAUCCACCGUGGGGAGAGGCCGUACAUCUGCGCCGACUGCGGCAAAAGCUUUAUCAUGAGCUCCACUCUGAUCCGCCACCAGCGCAUCCACACCGGCGAGAAGCCCUAUAAGUGCUCUGACUGUGGCAAGAGUUUCAUUCGCAGCUCGCACCUCAUCCAGCAUCGCCGCACGCACACGGGCGAGAAGCCCUACAAGUGCCCGGAGUGUGGCAAGAGUUUCAGCCAGAGCUCCAACCUCAUCACGCACGUCCGCACACACAUGGACGAGAACCUCUUCGUGUGCUCCGACUGCGGCAAGGCCUUCCUGGAGGCGCAAGAGCUGGAGCAGCACCGCGUGAUCCACGAGAGAGGCAAGACACCUGCCCGGAGAGCUCAGGGUGACAGCUUGCUAGGGUUUGGGGAUCCUGCCCUGAUGACUCCGCCACCAGGAGCCAAACCUCACAAGUGUCUGGUCUGUGGAAAGGGCUUCAAUGAUGAAGGCAUCUUCAUGCAGCACCAGAGGAUUCAUAUCGGAGAAAACCCCUACAAAAAUGCAGAUGGCCUCAUAACACACCCAGCCCCCAAGCCUCAACAGUUACGCCCCUCCAGGCUCCCCUUUGGAGGCAAUUCACACCCAGGUGCUUCAGAGAGCAGAGCUGACCCCCCAGGACAGCCCUCGAAAGUCCCCGAGAGUCAGGAGGGCUCAGGCCAAAGGCCAGGCCAACCCUCUCCUAAGUGCUAUGUUUGUUCCCACUGUGGAGAAAGCUUCCUUGAUAGGGCUGUGCUCCUGCAACAUCAGCUCACUCACGGGAAUGAAAAGCCCUUUCUCUUUCCUGAGUGUAGGACUGGCCGUGGGGAAGGGGCAGGACCCAGCCCCUUCCUAAACGCAAAGCCCUUUAAAUGCCCAGAGUGCAAAAAAAGCUUUGGCCUCAGCUCUGAGCUGUUGCAGCACCAGAAAGUCCAUGCGGGUGGGAAGUCCCAGAAGAGCUCUGAGCUGGGAAAGAGCUCUUCAGUCCUGCUGGAGCAUCUCAGGAGCCCUUUGGGAGCCAGGCCCUACAGCUGCUCUGAUUGUGGGGCCUCUUUCCUCGAUCGACUAGCUCUUACACGACAUCAGGAAACCCAUACUCACGAAAGGGCCUCCACUCCUGAGGACACCCCUUCAGAGUCAGCCACAUUGUCCACAAACCAGGAAGAUGAGGGAGAGGCCUCUACCCCCCCAAAAAGCAGCAGCCACGGGGAAGAGGAAAGUCCCAAAACUGUUUCGGAGAAAAAGCCCUUUCUGUGCCCCGAGUGUGGAGAUGGCUUCACGGAGGUUGCCACUCUCCUCCUCCAUAGGAGCUGUCACCCAGGGGUCUCCCUGUGAAGUAGGUCUGGUGACCAGGGACCACUCUCUCCUGAUAAAUUUUGGGGAAAGGAGGCCAGCCCUAUCAGAUCAUAGAGAAGUAGAGGGUCAAGAACCCUGGGAAGAAAUAGUGAGUUUGCAUCAGUGAUAAGAAGCCUAAGAGAUCGUGGGUGAGAACCACUUAUAAGCCGUAGAGAAAAACUCCUGGGUUAUAAGCCCUAUAAAUAUGUAGGAAAAAAGCCCUUUAAGUCUGUAGCAGAGAAAUCUUAUAAACCAUAGUGGGUAAAAGCCCUAUUAAAUGUAGAAAGAGGUUCUAACAUGUCUGUAGACAACCCCAUGAAACUGUAUCAAACCCUUAUCAGAAUCCUCGAGUGGGGGAGGUAUAGGGAACACAGCUCUACAGCUGGGCACUGACUUGUGAGGUGACCCUCAGAUGACAGAGGAAACAGUCUUCCCAGUCAGUAUUCCCUCCUGGCAGCCAUGGAAGGAAAGUGCUCAGAGGGAAUACAGGAAUGCCGUAGAACUAGAAAAAGAAAAAUGGGGGGAGAAUGGCCAGGUGCUUCCAAACCCACAGGUGAAACAAGAUGAGGAAAAGUGUCUCAUCUUGUCACACUGGGGGCUCUUCGGGGGUACGAGGUCAAUCCUGGGUGAAUUGUAUGUACUAGGGGAAGGAGGACUGGGGGUCCCUUAUCAGUAAAGUUCCCCAAGUAGGAAAGAAACAAAUAUGGCAAGCCAUUUUAAAGGCUGGAGUUUGGGGUGUAUCAAAACCCUCAAGUGUAAGGAUGCCGAGAAAACGCUGAGAGACCAUCUCGGAUCCUAGGGGAGGUUCCAUUUAUUUGAAGGGAAGCAACCCAGGGUGGAGAGACUGCAGAUGGAAGACAGUCAGUUUCUCCUCCUUCCCGGGAGCUUGUUAAACUCCAAGUACAAGCACAUCCCAGUUCGUGCUGUUUGGAUUCUCCUCAGACAGGCAGGGCCAGCCUUUCCCCAGCCCAGCUGGAAAUGUCUACUCUGAGAGGCCUCUGGGGUUGCAAGGGGCCUCUGCCACAUUCUCAGGUCUCACAGGUUUAACCUGGAAGCUAACUGCCACAAGUCUUACUGCAGUGGCAACCCAUUCCCUCGGAUUCUGUCCUCAGUGGAGAGAGCCACUCGCUGCUAGUCAACUUCCAAAGAAUAAAUUCCUUCAGAGAUUCAAGGCUUGUGUGUGCUUGUCCUCCCUAGCUGCCUGCAAGUCCACACGAGCCACUUGUGGGCGAGGAGGGACGGCAAGACGACAGUACAGACAGCUUUGACUUACCAGCACAUGACUUAACCCUCAGCCUUUUGUGUGAGUUUGGUGUAAGAACGCCGGCAGGACAAGCCAGGCUGCCCGUGGUGGAUGUCCUGACACGGCACAGACUGGACCAGCCUCCUGAAGAGGCAAAUGGAUACUCGACCACCUUCCUCACUCCCAGUGCUUGGAUGCCCCUGAGAGGCCAGAUUUGAUUUUGGCUCCGGAAAGGGACCUAUUCCACCCGAUCCCUUUGGCCUCUCUCUCAGCCAGAAACUUGUGAAGGGAAAUGAAAGCAAAAGAAAUGCCCCCCUACCAGGCCUAUCUCCUCCUCAGACACAGCAGACUGGACAGGUCAGUAGCGGAACUUGCUCAUGGAACUGGAGCUGUGUGAUGGAGCAGGGGUCUUGCCAUAUAAUGUGUUGAAGAAAAACUUUGUUGAGAAACAUCUGUAACAAAGACCCUUAAAGAUGGGGAGGAUUUUCCCUGGUACUUGCCAAGGGAAUGUCCUCAGCCUGUUGCUGGCACUAGUGACUCAAUGUCCAAAGAAGCAAGAUGUAGACUCCAAAUGAUAUAUAUGGCUCUUUAGGAAUCCUGUGCCCAGAAGGGUGGCCUGGAUUCCUACAAAGCUGGGGAAGAGACCUCUAAUUCCAUUACCUAAAAGUUCAAAAAGUAGAGAGACCCAUCACCCUUCAUCUGUCCUGUCCCCAAAGGGAUGACCCUCAAAAUUUAAAGGACCAAAAUCUAGAAUACUGGGAGAGAAAAAAAAUCCCAGGCCUCCUGGGGAGAGAGAGAAGGCAUGUCUUAGACAAUUACAGAGACAGCCUUGCUGAAGUCCUGAGUGCCAGGAGAGGGGCCCCAUGGAGACGAGGAGGAGUCUGUCUGUAUAUUGACAGAAAUGUUGAUAAAGGGGGUAUCCCUAUACAAUGUAGAUACUCUCCUAAGGAUAAGCUGAUUUGUCCCCUUCUAAGAUGGUAGCAGAAACUAGAGAGAAAUCCUUUGUAAAACUAGGAACAGAUUCCCUCAGACACAGGUCUGAACCCGUGUCAUCAGAAGAGUGCUGGAGGGGAGGUGGUCAGUGAUGUCAUGCUGACUACAAACUACGGAGGACUAAGAUGGAGCCUGUGGGAUAGGAUGCUCUCGUGUUCUGCAGACAGUGGGGGCUAUGCUCCUGAUUCCAGUACUGAAUGGACCUUGUAGCUAGGUUCCUGGGCUUCCUAGUAGGAAAGAGGGCAGAGCAGAGACCUUGUGGUGAGACCUGUUCUUUUAGCCAACCCUCUCUCAGUUCCAGCUAUACCACAGGACGACCUAACUGGCUCAGGAAAAGGUCCACCAGAAUUAAGCCUGGAAGGCACAAUGGAGUCGACUCUGUCCUGGACCGAGAGCCCUCAGAAGUGCCCUUGGGUAAGAGCCCAGCAACCAUAGACAAAGGAGUGCAAACACAGGGGGGUGGAGCUGAUCUGCACUUAAGGUGAGACUUAGAACUGAUGUUGAGUAUAGGUAGGAACUCUUAAAGGAACUGGGUAUGAGUCAUGAGUCGGGGUGAGGAUUUGAAACCAUCAUGACACCCCCACGCCAGUCUGAAGUGGAUGGCUCUCAGAAGCCUUUGCCCCCACAAAGGAAGCCCCGCUCACCCCACUUGUCCCCAUGGGGUGAAGGGAAAUCCUGUUUUUGAGUGUUGUGUGUCAGUAACAGUGUUGUGUCACCGUGGUCAUGUUGAAUAGUUGAAGAGAAUAAAGGGAAUAAGAUUUCCUA